AUGGCCACUCUCGACACCCUGAAGCAAGCCCUUAGGCAGACAGCAAGGGUAACAGCAUCGGGCGCAACGCAGCCGUUGUCCCACGCACAGUACAGUGCCGGUUUCGAACUCUUGAUGCAGGGCUCGGGAUUCAUGACAUACCAGAACUUCAUUGUCCCACAACUGUCUGCGCUUCUAGACCGUUUAUUAAACUCGCGGGUUGAUAUCUCGAUGCUAGAAAUCGGACCCGGUCCAAAGAGCGUUGUUGGAUACUUACCCUAUCGUAUCAGGCGCAAAGUCAGGACAUAUGUUGCUUUCGAGCCCAACGACUUGUUUGCCAUAAGACUAGAUGAUUGGUUUCACCCCACCUCAGGAACAGAGGCUCCUCUGCCAUGUUUGGAAUGCCGCCCCGAGAUUCAUCAGAUGCCAUUCGCACCAGACAACGACAACAAAAACACAAGGAGCGGUACCAGCACUGGGACAAGUGAUGGUGGGAAGUUUGAUGUCGUCUUGUUCUGCCAUAGCAUGUACGGCAUCAAACCUAGACGCAGAUUUAUCGAACAAGCACUGAAAUCACUUGACGAACACCCAGAACCGGGAAUGGUGGUGGUAUUCCAUCGUGAUGGCGACAUGAACCUUGACGGCUUAGUGUGUCAUCACACGGCGCCUUUCCCUACUGGGAUCGUUCGGGUAGCAACUGACGAUGAGACAUUGGACCGAUUUACUUCUUUCAUCGCGGGCUUUGCCUGCCGAGAUGUGAAGAUGGAUGAAGCUAUCCGGGGCGAAUGGCGUGAGCUGUGCCACGCAUUGGGCCGUCGUGAGAAAGCACACCCCGGCCAUCUCUUGUUCAGUUCGCCCAACAUCAUGGCAACUUUUACUAAACAUGCGAUCGCAUUGCCGGACUUGAUGGCACAGAUGCCAUUGGUGAAUAAAGACAGGAGAAUUAAGAACCAGGAGGCCCGCCUUCACCGUCCCGCAUGUAUUGUUAGGCCGACACAGAUUCAGCAUAUCCAGCAGUGCGUGAAAUGGGCCCUUGAACAAAACGUUGGUCUUACUGUCAUAGGCGGAAGCCAUAGCGGCCAGUGUCUUUGGCCUAACGUCGUCGCCAUUGACAUGAGUGCUUUUGAUCAAGUACACACGGUCAUAGCUAAGAGGGAUGGAGGAGAGCCCAAUUUCGAUUCUACUUCCCUGGUUGUCGCGGAGGCUGGCUGCAAUACUGGAGACAUCAUCCACAAGACUAUGGAAGUAGGCUUGACAGUACCUCUGGGAGCUCGCCCAAGUGUAGGCUCCGGGUUAUGGCUGCAGGGUGGCAUUGGACACUUGGCCAGGCUGCAUGGGCUUGCAUGCGACGCCCUCGUGGGUGCCGUAAUGGUCAGCGUUGCCUCCGGCCACGUACUUUACGUCGGUCGCGUACCAAGCAAAUAUCGACCAGCCGGUGCCGUGCAGUCAGAAGUAGAUAGUGAUACGUUAUGGGCUUUGAAAGGCGCGGGGACCAACUUUGGUAUCGUUGUCAGCGUUGUCUUUGAAACUCAUGCGGCCCGGACGUAUUCCGUCCGAAACUGGAGUAUCCCGCUGAAGGGCAAUCAUGAAGCGCGGCUCAAGCUUCAGGACUUUUAUCAAUGUACCAGAACUCUCGCUCGACACUGUUCCGCGGAUGCGUAUUUGUAUUCGAAUAACGCGCAGAUACAUCUUGGCGUGACGUUGAUCGAAUCUGCUACGACUCAAGUUCCUUCCCUAUCGCAUUCGCUCAUAGGCUCAGCAUUGGGACCGGAAGAUAAUCUCAAGACCGUUGAUGGCGUCGGCCUAUUCGAAACUGAGAUGUACAUUUCCGGUAUGCACGGUGGACAUAGUGGUGGCAAAACGUCCUCAUUCAAGCGGUGUUUAUUUUUAAAACGAAUCGGGGCCGAGGACAUCGCCGACGUCUUAGUAGCGGCCAUAGAAACUCGUCCGUCCCCGCUCUGUUACAUUCAUCUGCUUCAAGGAGGUGGGGCGCUCAGCGAUGUGGCCGACGAUGCUACCGCUUUUGGCUGUCGAGACUGGGAUUUCGCCUGCGUGAUAACUGCUGUCUGGCCUCGUGAUCAAGGCGUAAGUAAAGUUGCUCUGGGUGCCGUGCAAUGGGUGUAUAAUGUCGCCCGGGACUUAUUGCCCUUGAGCAGCGGAGCUUACGGUGCGGACCUCGGGCCAGAUCCCAGAGACACGGCGCUGGCGGCCAAGGCUUUCGGACCGAACGGACCGCGCCUGGCCUGGCUCAAACAGAGCUUAGACCCGCGCAAUGUGCUGGCUUACGCCUGUCCGCUCCCAAAACCGCCAAUGAAACAGAAGCUAAUUAUUCUUAUUACGGGAGAAAGCGGCGUUGGUAAAGACUACUGUGCUGAUAUUUGGGUCUCCGUGUUUACUAGAUGUGCCCACAAACACUGCAAGACACGCAAGGCCAGCAUCAGCGAUGCCGCCAAGCGAGAAUACGCAGCAGCUGUCGGCGCAGACUUGGAUGCUCUGUUAAGGGAUCGCGCUUACAAGGAACAACACAGACCAGCAUUGACGGCAUUCUUCAAGGAACAAAUGCGCCAACAGCCUCGGCUGCCCGAGAAGCACUUCCUAGAUAUGGUGUCCGAGGCCGCAGAUAUGGAUGUACUGGUAAUCACUGGGAUGAGAGAUGAGGCGCCGACUGCAACCUUGUCGCAUUUAGUUCCGAACAGCAGAUUGCUUGACAUUCGUGUCACAGCUAGUGAAAAGACGCGACAAGCUCGCCGGAAGUUCCAAGUCAAUGACAAUGAUCGACAUGACCAUGAAUGCAAGAAUGACAAUCGUGGCAGCAAUGGUAGCAAUUGCAAGUCGAAUUCGACAACAUUGGACUACAGCCACAGUCUCGUCUUUGACAAUGAAGCAAUGGGAGACGACGUGGUCAGAAGGUUUGCGGAUAAGUACCUGCUUCCCCUCCUCCACAAGGACCUGGAGCGACUGGCUAGUAUGGUGAUCCCUGUGCCUGACUUCCCACGGCCAGGUAUCGAGUUCCGACAUGUGCUCAAUAUCGCCCAACGGCAGGGCGGGUUGGCUUUGUGCACUUCUCUGCUACGAACUCAGUUCAAAGGUGACUGGGGCAAAAUCGGUGCGGUGGCCUGUUGCGAAGCGGGAGGCUUCGUGUAUGCAUCGGCGUUGGCGCAGCAAGUCGACGUCCCCUUGGCGCUAAUCCGCGAAGCCGGCAAACUUCCCCCGCCCACCGUUUCUGUCAAAAAGCCUUCGUCACAUAUCUCCGGCUCAGAAUCUAAUGAUUUAGAAGGGAAGAGAAUUGAGAUGAGUCAAGAUCUGAUUCCUAGGAGCGCAUCGGUGGUUGUAAUAGACGACGUACUUGCCACAGGAAAGACGCUUUGUGCAGUGCUUCAACUGUUAGCUGAGGCAGGCAUUGGUAGUGAGAAUAUCAGCAUCAUGGUUGUAGCUGAAUUUCCGAUUCACUGCGGCCGGGAACUAUUGUAUCAUCGUGGCUUUGGUGGUAUCAGUAUUCAAAGCCUUUUAGUUUUUGAUGGGGUCUAA